AUGAAAAACAUCACCAUUGAUGUGUGCAGCCUUGACCAGGAUCUUGGAUUACUUCAGCAAGGUUGUGAUAUCACUGGUGGUCUUUAUUUGAAGAUCCCACAGUUGCAAGGACUUCUACAGUAUUUAUUGUGGGUGUUUUUACCGGAGCCUCCCAUUCGUGAAAAGCUUGUCCUGCCUCCUCCAGUAAAAGUAGAUUAUCGAGCAGCCUGCUUCUGUCAUCGUGAGUUAAUUGACAUUGGUUAUGUCUGCUCAGUUUGUUUAUCCAUAUUUUGCAAGUUUAGCCCUAUAUGCACAACAUGCCAUACUGUGUUUAAAACACCUGGACCUCUUCCAAUAAAACCAAAGAAAAAGAAGAUAAAGUUGACAUAACAUGAACAUUAGAGACUAAUCAAUUUGAGAAUACCAAGCAUAUAUAAGUUGUAUUUUUAUAUGUGUAUUGAUUGCACAAUGUCAGUUCUUUCUUUUCAGUAAUAUUCAGAUAUCAGUUUUAUCAUGUACUACAGAUUCUUAAUCCAAGUAAUGUAUUUUUUCAUACUAGAUGUUCAGUUUUUGAUCUCAUUUAAUUUUUGUAUCUUCAAAGUGCAGUUUAUUGAAGUUUUACUAGUAAAUAUUAGAAAUUCAUCUGAGCUUUCAAAACAUUCACCUAGACGUGCGUUGUAAGUGUUCGCACAUUUUUUUUCGUAGGUGUUUAUUUUAUCAGUUCCAUUUAUUAAUGCUGGCGCGAAUUUGCUUUUGUAAUUAUUAUUUUCUAUUUAUGUUAAAAAAAAAAGGCUGUGCCUCGAUGUUGAAGAUUCUUGUACCUCAGUUGUGUAAUUUGUAUUAAAUGAAGCACUGAAACUGUGCAGCUCAAAUUACAUGCUAAUGUAAAUAAUGUGAUGUAUUUUUAGAAAUACGCAUUUCAUUUUUAAAUCCAAAAACAUAUUAAAAUAAAGAAAGUGAAUUUUU